CUUUGUUUUUUUUUUUUUUUAUAAAAAAGAAUUUAAAAAAAUCGUUGCUAUGGACAACUCAUCAGUAGAUUGGCGGUCGCCAACGUAUCGACAGAAUGUGGUGGAAAAAAUAAAUGAAGCAUUACAAAAUGUUGGUAUUAUGAAAAGCGCUAGUGAAAUGGAAAAUCAAGUGUUUCAAAAAGCUUCAUCGCACGACGAAUAUCGCAAUAUGGUUGCAAAAAUUGUUUUGCAUAUGCAAAGCCAGAAAAACAAAAAGCAACAAUCAGAAACCAUGGAUCCAAUAAAUGCAUUGCAACAUUUAACUAAUCAGGGAACGCGAAACCCAAUGCCCGGACAAAUGAUGGCUAUGGGGGGUAAUCAAAUGCAAAUGGGUAAUAAUACAAAUCCGAACGCAUUGCAAAAUCUCAUAAACCAACGGGCUGGACAAGCCCAAAUGCAAUCCAUGCCAAAUAUCCGAGGCGCUGUUCCGAAUUCAAUGGCCAAUACAAUGGGAAACGCGAUGCCCAAUGCUAUAAAUGCCAUGAAUUCCAACAACAUGAACAUGAAUAUGGGAACAUCAAAUCAACCGAAUCAGAUAGCAGGCAACAACAUGGUUGGCCAAAUGAAUCAAAUGCAAAUGAACCAACUACAAACCGGACAAAUGAACUCUAUGAACAAUAUGAACAUACCAAUGAAUAUAAAUCCAACAAUGCCACAGAAUCAAAUGAAUGCAUCUAAUUUGAAUCAACAAAUCAAUCCAAAUCAAAUGUCUCAAAUGUUAAACCGUAUAAAUUCCGUGCAAAAUAUCGUUCAGCAAAAUUCAUCGAAUGUGGGAAAUCAAAUGAACCAAGCACAAAUGACUCAAAUCAAUGCACAAAUGAUGUCGAAUCCGAAUAUGCCUUCGAACAUAAACCAGCCGAACGUUGUUUCGAAUGUCCAGAGUGUUCAAAAUGCACCGCCCAACGUCUCAACGGGACCAAAUGUAAGCGUACCGAAUGUCAGUGUGCCGAAUACAAGCGGAGGACCAGCUCAGCUACAAGCCGCAAACCAAAUGAAUCAGAUGAAUCAGAUGAUAAAUAUGCCACAUAUGGCCCGCAAUCAGCCAGCCAAUCUAUACCAAGGCAUUCGAAAUCCAACACCAAAUCAAUCGUUUUUCAGAAAAAGUCCAAGUCCAUCAAUUCCAUCGCCAAUGGGAAAUAGUUUACCUAAUCAAAUGGUUCCGAGUCCCUUAGUACCAUCACCACAAGUUGUUCCAAAUAUCAUGUCACAAAGAACUGUUAUGGCACCAUCGCCAAGUAACACAAAUUUGAAUACACCUGGCCAAGCGAAUGCAGCACCCAGCCCAUUAAAUCCACAAGAAGAGCAUUUGUAUCGUGAAAAAUAUCGACAACUAACUAAAUAUAUUGAGCCUCUGAAGAAAAUGAUGAAUCGUAUGGGAAGCGAUGAUGAAAAGCUAUUGAAAAUGAAUAAAUUGCUUGAAAUUUUGUGCAAUCCAAAUCAACGCAUACCAUUGGAAACAUUAAUAAAAUGUGAAGCUGCUCUUGAAAAAAUGGAUCUUAAAUCGUACUCAAUGGCAUCAAACGCAACAAACUUUCCCAGUGGAUCAAAGGAACACAAUGUCAACAAUGCUCUUUUGGAUGCGGUUAGUGCAAAUUUGCAGAGUCCUAUAGGCAAUCAUACAUUGCAAAGAACAUUCAGGCCGUGCAUUGAAUCCCUCUUUGGUCCUGAUAUAAAAAAUUUGCCUCAAACUAAAUAUGCUCGCACUUCAUCGAAUGAUACUAAGCAAAUAAGCAAUACGUCAAACGAAGUACCCCAUGUAUUGCAAGGUGAAAUUGCCAGACUUGAUCGAAAAUUCAAAAUUACAUUGGAUUCGUCCGUUCAGAGUGGAUCGAAAAUUUUGAAGUUAAUUUGCUAUUUGAACGAUGAUCCGUACCUACCAUGUAUACCACCACUGUAUAUUGAUAUUCCUGAAGACUAUCCUGAGACUUCGCCUUCUUGUACACUUCUUGACGAAAUGAGUGCCACACAAUUUUUGGAUUCCAUUCAAAAGAUAUUCUCGGCUCGAAUGCUAAAAAUGCCCUCUUUGUAUUCAUUAUCACAUAUUUUGGAUACCUGGGAAAUGUCUAUUCGUCAAGCAUGCUCUCCCAAUAACAACAACAGUAGCAUAAAUUCAAUCACAUCAACGAGUGUUGCUUUGGGUGUUUGAUUAUGAAUAUUUUUUCUAGUUUUUCAUAUUUACUUACUUUGAAUCGUUCUUUUAUUCAUUAUUAUUCUCAAUUAUAUUUUUCCAUCUACAAAAAUAUGGUAAAUAAAAAUCAUUUCGCUCAUUUUGUAGAAAACAGAA